AUGAAAGAAUUCGAGAAGCAUAUUGUUGAUUUUAGUAAGCAAUUGGGAUGCUCGUUUACCGAUGAAGACGCUCCAUUGCAACAAUGGUCAACCGAAAAUUGCUUCGAGUUUUUGACGAGAUGUCUAUGGAAGAUUGAUCCCGAGACACAAUUUGCGAAAGCAACCGAGAUCACUGAUGCUGUAAAGUUAAUCGGAAUUCGUCGCGAAUUCGGCUACCAAACUCUUCUCUAUGGAGGACUCUCCGAUUUGAUCCCUCUAUUUUUGGAUUUAAUUGAGAAAAUCCCAAAAGAAGAACACUUCAUUGAAGAAACGAAAAGUGUUAAAGAGCAACUCUUGGCUCAAGCUUGUUCAACGAUCCAACCGGGAUGGGUACCUGAGUUCUGUCGGCGAUUAAUGAUGCGUUACGACGGAAGAUUUUGGUGUCCAUCUGAGGAUUUUCCCGAAUACGUGAGUCCAUUUCAAGAUGUUGAUCAUCGAAAAGCUCUCCAAGCCGGAAAUGAUAGUCGCAAGUGGAUUGCAGCAUUGUUAAGAAUUGGCGGUUUAAAAGCUGGGAGUCUCGGGAAAAUGGAUGCAAUGAUUGUUGGAAAGCCUCGACCAGCACCGAAACCAAGAUUAAAACCUGAACUGCCGCCGAAACCGAAAUUAUCGCCGAAAACAAACACGGAAACCGAGUCAAGAAUGGCUGAGAAACGAGCGAAACUCGAGAAAUUGAGAGCGGAAAUUGAUGAGAAGAAAAUGCACAUAAUACAGAUCAAAUGCCAACAUGUGCUUGUUGAAGAUAAGAUCCAACUCUUCGAAAAACAAAUGGCCGAUGUUGAUGAAAGAUGGACGACGUUGUUGGAGAAUCCAGAAGAAGGAGGAGAACGGUUACAGAAAGUGCUAAACGAGAGCGCAGCCAAAUUCGAGCGUCUUGAGGGGAAAUGGAAAGCGAUGAGAGACGAGAAAAUGGGAAAACUUCAAGAGUUGAAAGAGAAAUAUUCAUCUGCACUUGAAAUUGAAAAUCUUCGGGAAAAAGCUCAAACAGUGAGGGGAAAGCGAAAAGCGCUUAUCGAGGAGAUGCAAGGGAAGGAGCAAUAUAUUGAAAAAUUGAAAAGAAGAUUGGAAAAAUUGGAAAGCGAUGAUUGUAAUCGGGGAAUGUUUACGAAAAGGAUCACAGAGAUUGUGAACAAUAUUAGAAAGCAAAGAGAGGAAAUGGAUAAGGUAAACAAGGAUAUUCUCAGCCUGCACAAAGAAAUUCGCUGGCUUUCCCAAGCUGUUCAACGAACAUUUGGUGUUAUUGAAGAACAGCUAUACAGGGAAGCUAACCAAUCUUAUAAAGGUGAAAGAUCGUAUAAACUUUUCUCAAAAAUUCACGCGUGUUGUCAAAAAGCGAUGCAUUGUAUUGAGCGUUCUGGACAAUUAGCAAAAAAUGUGGAAGAAUUGACGGAUCAUGCUGAAAUCGGUCGACAGAGCACAGUGGAUACUCGUCUUUAUCAAGUUCUUACCGAUCUCGAGGCAGUUGAGGCUGAAAAAGAGCGAUUUAAAGAAAAAAUCAAAGAAAACGAUGCAAACGGUUUUAAAUGUGAUUGCGAACGAACGUUUUUCUCAUACACUGAGUUGCUCUAUCAUCGACAUCCCGACGAAGAGCAAAUCUAUGGCUUUGCU